AUGGAUGUGGAAAAAUUAACUGAUAUACUUGAAAAAAAAGAAAAUUUAACAAUUUAUUCAAAAGAAUUAUUAAUAAUAUUAAAUAAUUUUCAUAAUGAUCGAAUUCUAAUUGAAAAUUCUCUUAAUGAAUAUCAAAUUCAACGUGAAAUAUUAUAUUUAAGAACAGUUUGUGAACAUUUUAUUUUAUCAUCAAUUGAUGAUAAAAUUUGGCGUAUUUGUAAUCCUUCAUAUGCAUGUAAAGUAUCGCGUAAGUUUUAA